AUGUUUGAUCCACAGUUUAAACCAGUGCAAGGCAUCUACGAGGCUCGGUUGAGGCAGUUUCUCGAUGAAGGUGAUUAUAAGGAGCUUAAUCUACCUCGGUUCUACGACAAGGGUCGUCUUGAAUUGGACCAGGAUAGGGUGAAAGUUUGGUGGUAUCAGGUAGAGUUUGAGCCUGGUUCAUCACCAGUGGCUCCAGAUAAGAGGCCAUCUUGGGAAUCGGUGAUUAAAGCUGAUCGAGAGGGGAAGUUGAAGUUUCGUGAGGCCCGGAAAGGCCAGGCAUUUGGUCCCAGUUGGUCUACAACGUGGUUCAAAGUUGAAUUGAAAGUUCCUAAAGAAUGGAGGGAUUCGCAGGAACAAUUGGUGUUUCAGUGGGAUUGUGAGAACGAAGGCAUUAUAAUCGAUCCGGAGACUUUAAUCCCCAAAACUGCUUUCUCAGGUAGUGAGAGGACUGAAUACUUGCUGCCUGCGAUCCAGGACGGGCAUCAUUACUUCUACAUCGAAGCUGGUAAUAAUGGAAUGUUUGGUUGUGGUAACGGCUCACAGAUCAACCCACCGGAUGACAACAGGAUAUUCACUUUGAGAAUUGCAGACCUUGUUAGGCCAGAUUGGGAAGCUCGUGCAUUGCGUAUCGACUUCUGGAUGCUAGGUGAUGCUGCUCGUGAACUACCAGACGAUUCUUGGCAGAAGCACAGGGCUAGAGACCUAGGGAAUCGUGUAAUGAAUAUGUUUGAUAGUGAAGACCGUUCCAGUGUGAAGAAAUGCCGGGAUUUUCUCAGAGAUGAGUAUUUUGACCAGUACAAUGAUUCGGAGAAAGUGUACGAUAAAGGUGAUCUUGGUGUGUUGACCAAUGUCUUCGGGAUGGGAAAUUGUCACAUUGAUACUGCGUGGUUGUGGCCAUUUGCAGAGACACGUCGUAAAAUUGUCAGAUCGUGGUCUUCACAAUGUACGUUGAUGGAUAGCUAUCCAGAAUAUCAAUUUGUCGCUUCACAAGCACAACAGUUCAAAUGGUUACUCCAAGAACAUCCCAGUUUCUUCAAAGAUGUGCUUACACCUAAGGUUCAACAAUCACAGUUCUUCCCUAUUGGCGGCUCUUGGGUGGAAAAUGAUACUAAUAUUCCAUCGGGUGAAUCGCUUGCGAGACAGUUUCUGCUGGGCCAGAGAUUUUUCCUCAAACAUUUUGGGCUGAAAUCUAGUAUUUUUUGGUUACCUGAUACGUUUGGUUAUUCUUCCCAAGUGCCACAGAUCUGUUGCUUAUCCGGUAUUGAUAAAUUCUUGACUCAAAAGUUGUCAUGGAAUAAUAUCAACAGUUUCCCUCACUCGACUUUUAAUUGGGCAGGUAUCGACGGAUCUCAAUUGUUGACCCAUAUGCCACCGGGGAAUACUUAUACUGCGCUUGCUCAUUUUGGAGACGUCUUGCGUACUGCAAAGCAAAAUAAAUCAGCAGAGUUUUAUGGCUCCGGUUUAAUGCUGUACGGUAUUGGAGAUGGUGGAGGUGGUCCAACCACUGAAAUGCUGGAGAAAAUGAGACGUAUUCGUUCUUUAUCCAACCGCAAUGGUAAUGUGAUUCCUAAGCUGCAAGUCGGUAAUACUGUCGACGAAUUCUAUGAAGAUAUUAUGCAAAAAACUGACCGGGGCAAGAGAUUACCAACUUGGUCUGGUGAGCUGUACUUCGAGUUUCACAGAGGUACAUAUACCAGUCAGGCCCAAACUAAGAAGCUGAUGAGAUUCUCGGAGAUUAAACUGCACGACUUGGAAUGGCUGGCCUCCAAGGCAUCUCUCUUGUUCCCGGACCAGUACGAGUACCCAGUCAACGAUAUAAAUCAACUAUGGGAAGAUGUUUUGUUGUGCCAGUUUCACGACGUUUUGCCCGGCUCAUGUAUUGAAAUGGUCUACAAGUAUGAAGCAGUUCCAAUGUUAAAAGCGGUUGUGGAUAAGUGCGAUGAAUUAAUCAAUGACGUUCUCAAAGUGUUGCAAGGUAAUUCGGGUGACAAAUUAAUAAAGAAGCAGACAAUAGCUUGGCCCCAGUCAUCGGUCACUGAUGCUCAAGCCGCUCAUGAAGUAACACUUGAUGAGAAAGAUGACCACUUCAUUUUGAGCAAUGGAGAGUUGACCACUCGGAUAAAUUCAAAGACCGGUACUAUUCAGAGUAUUGUGGACUCUAAAAGUGGUACGGAGUUCUUAGACUUGGAGCAUGGCAGGAAUAAACUUGGUGCAAACCAGUUUGUGAUUUUCGAUGACAAACCUUUAUCUUGGCAGGCUUGGGAUACAGAACUGUACUCCGUCAACCAGUAUAAGUACCUCGACAAACCCAAGAGCGUAAAGAUUGGUGAGCACACGAAGGACAUCUGUACGGUUGAAGUAGUUGUUGUUGUCUCUGAAAAUUGCAAGAUCAAAUCAAAUAUAUCUCUGCGUACCGUUAAGCCAAAUACCAUGAAUGAAAGCACUAUUGAUAUCGUCACUGUUGUGGAAAAUUGGGAUGCGACGAAUAAGUUCUUGAAGGUGGAAUUUCCAGUCAACGUCCGUAACGAAUUUGCCUCUUACGAGACUCAAUUUGGUAUCACCAAGAGACCAACUCAUUACAACACAUCAUGGGACGUAGCCAAAUUCGAAGUUUGUCAUCAUAAGUUCGCUGAUUACUCCGAGUUCAGUAAAGGUGUUUCAAUUCUAAAUGACUGCAAGUACGGCUUUUCCACGCAUGGUAACUUGAUGAGGCUUUCAUUGUUGCGUUCUCCCAAGGCUCCCGAUGCCCAUGCAGACAUGGGAACUCAUGAGAUCAGGUACUCAAUCUAUCCACAUAAGGGCCAACUAUCAAGUAAGACUGUUAAACUUGGUUUAGAGCUUAACUUCAAGAACCAGUACCAUGUCUCAUCCAAAAUUGCCAAAAAGUUCGACGACCUCAUUGGAAUCGAGGGCGAUGACAACAUUGUCUUGUCCAAUCUGAAGAGAGGUGAGGAAGAUCAAGAGCUCAAAUCAAACUAUGCUCUUCAACCUCUCGACAAAACAACCUUGAUUGUGAGAGUAUACGAGUCGCUUGGUGGUGAAUCCAAUGCAGCUUUAUUGACCUGCUUACCCAUAAAGAAAGUUGAUAAGAUUGAUAAUUUGGAGAUGAAAUCUAUCGAAUCGUUGACCUUCAAAUCUUUCGAUAAAAUCACCAAAGUACCAAUCAAGCUAAAGCCGUUUGAAAUCGCUUCAUAUAGGCUUACAGUUUGA